AUGGUCGCCGCAGAACGCGGAGAGCUCGGCGACGCCGCGCCGCCGUCGCUGCAGCGCCUGUGCCUGCGGGCCGCCGUCAGCAGCGCCACGUGGCAGCGGCAGCCGCGGUCGAUGGAGCGCCUGCCGUCCCCGCUGUCGUCGGCGCUGCUGGCGGAGCUGCUCGCCGUGGGACGUGUCACGCCGCCGCUGCUCGAGUACGCUGUGAGGCUUUGCGAGGCGAGCCUCUGCCUUUCCGCUCCGCACAAAGCCAUUUAUCCCCCCACCCCCCCCCUCCUACCUCAUCCCGUAGCUCCCCUCGCCGACUACCUCCGAGGCUGCGAGAUUGUGAGGCUGCGAGGCCCUCUGCCGCACGCUCACACGGUAUCGUUCGUUCCCGCCCCUCCUCUCCGCAUACGACGCGUGCCGCCGCCGCUGCUUGAGUACGCUGCGAGGCUGCGAGGCUCUGCUUUCUGCCCCUCCCCUCCUCGCAGCCUACCUCCGAGGCUGCGAGGCUCUCAGCGCGCUCACACAAUACCCGUUCAUGCCCUUCCCUCCCCUCCUCAUACGCGACACGCCGCCGCUGCUCGACACAUUCAUCCCUUCCCUCGCCUCCCUCCCUCGUCCCCUCCCCUCAUCCCCUCCCCUCAUCCCCUCCUCUCGUCCCCUCCCCCCAGGUUGUUCGCCCCCUCAGCGGACCACGUGGACCUCUCCUGCCCGCCUCUUGCCGCGCCCACCGUUCCGCACUCUCCAACAGCGCUGCACAACCCGCCUCCCCACGCCAUGCCCACGUCUCCCGUCCCUCCCCCGUUCUCCCCCUCCCUCUCCUCACUCUCCUCGCUCCCACCUGCCCCCUAUUACGGCAUUCCGGACCCCUUGGAAGCCCUCGCUCCCUCGCCCCCUCUCUAUGCCGUGCCACCUGGCCAAUCCAUAGACGCCACGUGGCUUGCCUACCUGCCAGACUUCCGCUGCCUUCGAUACCUCCGGCUUGACAACUGUCGCCACGUCACCGACACUGCUCUCAGCAUGCUCUCAGGUUUGCAAGCGUUGGAGCAUCUGAGCCUCACCAACUGCCCUCUCCUCACCGCCACUUCUCUCGCCGCCAUCCUGCCGCCCUGUCUGCCCGCCCUGCGCUCCUGCUGCCUCUCCGGCACCGCCGUUGGCAUGGGCGAGGGAGGGGCUGGGGGAGGCGGCGGGGCAAGAGAGGAAUGGGGCGUGGCAGUGAAGGGCAGGCGGAGAAACAAGGGGAGCAGGACUAGUGGCGGUGUUGGUGGUGGUGGUGGCAGCAUGGCAGCACCUGCUGCGUUUGACACACCACCCGCUUCCUCCAACUCUCCACCUGCUGUUUCCAGCGCAGCAGAGUUCUCAGCCUGUGUGCCUGCAGCAGCCCCAUCGGUGAUCUCUCUGCUCGCCCGCGCCCCUCACCUCACUCAUCUGGAGCUGGGCGGCAUGCACCAUGCCCUGGACGAUAACGCCUUUCAGAAACUCACGUGUGCCAUCCUCCACACCCCAUGCGCUGUGCUCCCAAUCUGCCUCAUCUCUCAAUCAUGCGUGCAUCAAGCAGUCGCCCAAGCGGUUCUUCUCUUUCCGCCGUUUCCCCGCUUCCCCAAUCCCUCACCCUCCACCACCUCCCUGCCCCAGUCGCUGGUCCACUUGCGCCAUCUGUCAGUGUGGGGCAGCAGCAUCACCAACGCCUCUGCCCCUCUGCUGAUCGCCUUCCCCCGCCUGCUCUCCGCCAAUCUCGCCUGGACCGCCCUCUCCCACCUCCCCGCCCACCCCUCCCUCACCGCCCUCCACCUCUCCCACUGCCCCCUCCUUUUGAUCGGCUUCCCUCUCCCCUCCUCCUCAUCCUCUCCCUCCUCUCCCUCCUCCCCACUCACUCAUCUCGUUCUCUCUGUACCCCUUCCAGCUCUCUUCCCUGUCCCUGCUCUCUCCCCCAUCCUUGCUCUCUCCCCCAUCCUUGCUCUCUCCCCCAUCCUUGCUCUCUCCCCCAUCCUUGCUCUCUCCCCCAUCCUUGCUCUCUCCCCCAUCCUUGCUCUCUCCCCCAUCCUUGCUCUCUCCCCCAUCCUUGCUCUCUCCCCCAUCCUUGCUCUCUCCCCCAUCCUUGCUCUCUCCCCCAUCCUUGCUCUCUCCCCCAUCCUUGCUCUAUCCUCAUCCCUGCUCUCUUCUUCCUUUUCCUGCACCUCACCCACUCCCUCCCUCCCCUACACGCACCUGUCCCUGGCCUCCUCCCCUGACCUCUCCUCCAGGGGGCUGGCCGCCCUGCUGCCUCUCACCCCGCGCCUCACCUCGCUCUCCCUCGCCCACACCGCUGCCUCCAACGCCUGCCUGCCCCUCCUCGCCUCCCUGCCGCUCCUCUCCUCCCUCUGCCUCGAUGGCUGUUUCAUCUCAGGUGGGACAUCGGAUGAUAACGUGGAGGAUGACGAGGAGGAGGAGGACGAGGAGGAGUCUCUCCUCAGGCUCCACCUCGCACACCUGCACGCAGCAGCACCACCACCACCAGCCUCUGCAGCAGCAGCAGCAGCGGCGGCGGCAGCAGCAGCAGCAGUUGGUGGUGCUGGUGCCGGUGGCAGUGGCAAUGCAUAUGCUGCGUUUUCCAAUGGCAUGGAACGGCAGUCAGCCAUGGCAGAGGGCGGGUUGGCCGUGCUCGCCUCGCUGCCACACCUCACCUCCCUCAGCCUGCAUGACACACCUCUAUCCACACACGGCAUGCUGCGACUGCGCCAUCUCACUCACCUGCACCACCUCUCCCUCUCCUCCACUGCCCUCAGCCCCCGCCGCUUCCUCUCCCUCCUAGGUAACCCCCCCACCCCCUUCACCAUCCCAAAUUGA